CAUGAAAGUGUUUACUAAACCAUUUAAUGUAAUCCCAGGUGUAUUAUAGUAAGAGGGAAUCAUCAUGAGAGUACACUAUUUUAAUGAGGCCCUGUAAGUAAAAUUACUCAUUUUCAUUCUUGUUUUGCAGAGAUUUGGACUGAGUUAUCUGAAGACAAAAUGAGGACUUGCCUCACGCUAUUCCUUUUACCCUGCUUUAUAACUUAUUCAGUUCAAGCUUUAAAAUGCUACACGUGUCUUUUUGCUACAUCAAAAGCAGACUGCACUAAAAAUACAGCAACGUGCUCAUCUGGUGAAGACACUUGUAUGUCUACAGUCAACACAGUCAAUGGACAAUCUACUUAUACGAAGAUAUGUGCCGCCAGUUUGGUAUGCUCUGCAGCAGCAGCUCUUAAUAGUCAAACUGCAACAACAUCAUGCUGCACUACUGACUUGUGCAACAGCUCAUCCACAUUCAAGAUGAACUUCUGGCUCUUGGGCUUCUGUGCAGUUGUCAUUUUCUUUGUUAGUUGUAUCUAGCAGCACAAUCUCAAAUAAUAAUAAUAAUAAUAAUAAUAAUAAUAAUAAUAAUAAUAAUACAUUUUAUAAAGAUAAUUCUGUAUGAGAUCACCCAAAGAAAACAUUUUAAAAUGUAAGAAAAAAUGUGAGACCUUAAAAAUAAGAUUAUCAAUGUUAUUUGGUUUCAGUGUUUUCUUUUAGUGUACUCUUCUAUGUGGAGACACAUGUUCCCCCUGGGUCUGAAUGAGUUUCCUCUGGGUGCUUUGCUUUCCUCCCACAGUGCAAAGACAUGCAGGUUAGGUGGAUUGGCAAUGCUAAAUUGUUCCUUGGUGUGUGUGUUUUUGUGUUCUCGCGUGCCUAUCCAUAUGCAGACUCUGAUGUUGUUACACAAUCGCCAACUGUGGACCUUGUAGCAAAGUGGCCCACUUAGCAAAAUCUUUAAAUCCAAUUAAAACCAUUCUUAAUACUUCAAGAAUAAGUAUUUUUGAUGGGCGGCAUGGUGGCGCAGUCGUAGCACUGCUGCCUCGCAGUAAGGAGACCUGGGUUUGCUUCCCAGGUCCUCCCUGAGUAGAGUGUGCAUGUUCUCCCCGUGUCUGUGUGGGUUUCCUCCCACAGUCCAAAAAAUGCAGGUUCGGUUCAUUGGCGGUCCUAAAUUGUCCCUAGUGUGUGCUUGGUGUGUGUGUGUGUGCGUCCUGUGGUGGGCUGGCACCCUGCCCGGAGAUUUGUUCCUGCCUUGUGCCCUGUGCUGGCUGGGAUUGGCUCCAGCAGACCCCUGUGACCCUGUGUUAGAAUACAGUGGGUUGGGAAAUGACUGACUGACUGA